GCCAUGAGGAGAAAGGGAAAGCACAGGCAGCAGGGAGGAGAGGAGGAGAGAGGGGGAGUGAUGAGUCAAUACAACUAAUAAUUUAAUGGGGACAGAGAGAGAGAGAGAGAGAGAGAGAGAGAGAGAGAGAGAGAGAGAGAGAGAGGUAGAAGGAAAAAGGAGCAGAGUCCGGACGCUGAUUCGAACCAACAGGACACCUCCUGCUCCUCUCCUCUCUGCUAUGCAGCCACAGCCAGCCUUAUUUACGCUCGACGUCGGACAGCAAACCGCACUUUUCCACUCCUCCUUUUAUUUUUGAACCCGUCUGUCCGCAUUUCGCCUCCGGCGGCAGCAGCAGCAGCACACGGCCGCUUGUUUUUAUUUUUCUGCCGGCAGUCACAUCCAGCGAAAGCCGUCGUUUUUGUUUGUUUUUGUUGUUAUUUUCUUUCCUGUGACCGUUAUUCCGACAGUGAAAGCCGGCGGCUCGUCUGAGGUUUCGGCGGCCGCUUAUCAUUCCGUGUUUAUGCCGCCGAUUUAAAAAGAAAAAAGCAAACAACAAAAACAAACACGAAAAGAGAAGCGGUUUGGAUGUUGUGGAGCCAACUAAAGCACAAGUCGCUUCCGCGGCUAAGCGCUGAGUUUGUGCUAAAUGCCGCUCCUCGGCGUUCUGGACGGAAUUAGCUAGCGGGGCUCACCGAUGGUCGCCGCUCACGGUCCCUCUCUCGACCCCGGCUUCUGCUCACCUCUCCCGGCUGCUCGCUCGCUCGCAGCCACGCUGACAGGAAGAAACCAGCGUCCUUCUCUAAAACUGGCUGCUGACAUGAGCAUGUAGAGAAACCCGGCAGCAGGAGUUGAGGUUUUUUUUUUAUUUAUUUAUUUCUUUUUUUUACCCUGGCUAAACUUGAAGCAGAGACGACCUCCACACGCUCGUAUAUGCGCUACUGUGCUCCGGUGCUGCGUAUCAGGUGAUAGUGAGCAGAGGUGCUGAGAAUGAUGGAACAUCUCAGCGAGACGUGUUUGGGCAAGGAGAACUCCGAGCUGGUCAACAGCAUGACGGAGGCCAAGGCACCGCCGGCCAAGCUCGCCCGCCUGGAACAGAACGGCAGCCCCCUGAGCCGCUCCAGGCUCGGCAGCACCGGGGCCAAACUAGCUGGCGUCCCCUAUAAGCCAACCAGUCACCUGCUUAAGACCUGCCACAAGAGAGGCAACAUGCUGCCUGUGUUCUGUGUGGUCGAGCACUACGAGAAUCCCAUGGAUUUUGACAGCAAGGAGGAACACGCUGAGUUCGUCCUGGUGCGUAAGGACAUGCUCUUCAACCAGCUCAUUGAGAUGGCUCUGCUGUCGCUCGGCUACUCCCACAGCUCAGCUGCGCAGGCUAAAGGUAUGAUUCAGGUGGGGAAGUGGAAUCCUGUCCCACUGUCAUAUGUGACAGAUGCACCAGAUGCCACAGUGGCUGACAUGCUGCAGGACGUCUACCAUGUUGUCACGCUUAAGAUCCAGCUGCACAGUUGUCCUAAGCUGGAGGACCUGCCGCCCGAGCAAUGGAGCCACUCUACAGUAAGAAACGCCCUCAAGGAGUUACUCAAAGACAUGAAUCAGAGCUCUCUGGCUAAAGAAUGUCCCUUAUCACAGAGUAUGAUUUCCUCCAUUGUGAACAGCACUUACUAUGCAAAUGUGUCGGCGGCGAAGUGUCAGGAAUUUGGGCGCUGGUAUAAACAUUUCAAGAAGACAAAAGAUAUGAUGGGCAUGCGCCAACCCUCCCAGCUGGAGGGCUACUUGGGGACGUGCGUACUUCGUGAGAGCCCACGUGCCAAUGCACUAGAAAUAGACGGCCUAUCCGACCUCUCCCCACCCAGUUCUAACCACAAUCACAACCACCUGGGCUUCUCCCAGCAGCAGCCCAUCCCCGGCAGCACGGCAGAGCAGACCCCCUCCUCGCCAGUGCCCCCGUUGCCUCAUGCACCACCACCGCACAGUGGCCAGACAGGUGGGCGACAACCUCAGCUCCCUGGUCUGCACCACCCAGGCCUGGUGUCCACCCCCAUCAGCCCGCAGCUGGUCAACCAACAGCUUGUCAUGGCACAGAUCCUCAACCAGCAGUAUGCAGUCAACCGGCUGUUGGCGCAACAGUCACUGUCACAGCAGUACCUCAACCAUCCGCCUGUCAAUCGCGGUAGCCACACCAAGCCCAUGGAGCCACAGGUGGCAUCAAACACAGAGGUGUCUUCUGAGAUUUACCAGUGGGUGAGGGAUGAGUUGAAGCGGGCCGGCAUCUCACAAGCUGUUUUUGCCCGUGUGGCUUUCAACAGAACCCAGGGUUUGUUAUCUGAGAUCUUGCGAAAGGAAGAAGACCCCAAGACAGCAUCUCAGUCACUGCUGGUCAACCUGCGCGCCAUGCAGAACUUCCUGCAGCUGCCGGAAGCCGAGCGCGACCGUAUCUAUCAGGAGGAGAGAGAGCGCAGCCUGACGGCAGCCUCGGCGAUGGGUUCAGCGCCGCUCAUCAGCACCCCACCUAGUCGGCCCGUACAGCCCCGGAGAGAAGACUGUAACAGCGUACGACCUGAAGACUGGAAUCCCAGAAUCCCUGUGGGCAUUUCCCCGGUGAAGCCGUCCCCUCUGCCCAGUGAGUGGAAUGGAAAAACUGAGAGCUGCAUCCUCAACAUCAACUCAACCAUCUAUGAUGAAAUUCAGCAGGAGAUGAAGAGGGCCAAAGUGUCACAAGCCCUAUUUGCUAAGGUUGCUGCCUCCAAGAGCCAGGGUUGGCUCUGUGAGCUGCUGCGCUGGAAGGAGGAUCCAUCUCCAGAGAACCGGACCCUCUGGGAGAACCUCUCCAUGAUCCGGCGCUUCCUGAGUCUGUCACAGGUGGAGCGUGAUGCCAUCUAUGAGCAGGAAAGCAGCGCUGGGCAGCAGCACCAUGGCGAGCGGCCAACACACAUGAUGCACAUGUCCAAUGAGCAGCUACAGACUCAGCCAUCGCAGUCACAGCAGCAGCACACGCCCUCCCUCUCUGUCCAGCACCCAUCCCAGCCCCUUCUGUCCCAGCAGCCCUUGCAGCAUCAACAGCCCACCAUGGGCCCGCGGUUGCCGCCACGCCAGCCCUCCACCGCCUCUCCAGCUGAGACAGAGGACGAGGGUAGCCGUGGCGGGUGUAUCAAGGCUCGCACCUGCGGAGGCAAGAUCUCCCUGGAAGCUCUGGGCAUCCUGCAAAGUUUUAUCCAAGAUGUGGGCCUGUAUCCUGAUGAGGAGGCCAUUCACACCCUGUCAGCCCAGCUGGACCUGCCCAAACUCACCAUCAUUAAAUUCUUCCAGAACCAGCGCUUUUACGUCAGUCACCCAGCUAAAGCACCCAAGGAGCCCAGUAACAGCACCUCGGCCACCGUGAACACCAGCAGCAGCAGCAGUGGCAGCAGCCCCGCCUUUGAGGAGGAGCUGACAGACUUCAGGGAGAGUGGGGAGCUGCUGAAGGAGCUGGAUGAGAGCACGCAGACCAACAGCACCAUGUUCUCCAUCAAGAUCGAAGAGCAGCUGAGACGAGGCACCGAGGCCCAGACAGAGUCAGAGCACGAGGCCAAGGAGUAAAACUCCCAGGUCCAGGUCAUGCGUAGAGCGGUGGGGUGUACACACAGAGACUGAGUGUGCUGAGGGUAACGCUGCAGCCCACACACAACCACUGCAAAUCAAACAAGUAGUAUUUUUAAUCAGUACAGCGUGCGGACUGUACGACGACACAUGUCUAAAUACCCACUUCAGACUGACAGGCCAUGUGAUCACAGAGUUCACACUGGAAUGACCAUUUAGACUCAGUCCUCCUUUUUGGAUUUUGUAAAACUUGUAUUAUUCACUGUAAAGACUGAUUCAUCAUUUAAAUAAUCUGCACACAUACACAGAAAGAAAAAAAAUAUUCUAAGUAUGUUGCUGUGAAUAUUGCUGACUGCACUCUGUCUGUUGUUUUACACUGACUUAUCUUUUUGAGCUACUGAUAAUAUUUAAAAAGGAAAAAAAAAAGUCCACCUGAAGUUUGCUGGGACUUUGAUAAGUGUUACUGUAUGUGAUGUUUUACUGGAUUUUUUUUUAAAGCAAAAUCAAGGACAAGUGGUUGACAAGGCCUAAAUAUGAGGUACAAGUCUGGAGCCUGCUGGCAGAUUAGUUAUUCUUUUAAAACAUGCAUAAUGUGGUUACAGAUCGCUCCAAAUUCUGGAAUUAUGUGAUCACCCAGCCCUAGUGCAACUCCAAGAAUAGCUUAGUCUUUACACAUUAUUUGUUAGGGAAGAAAUAUAAAGAAAGAAAGAAAUAUAUAUAUAGACAUAUAUUGUAACUGUAAAAAAAAUACAGUCUUAAAGAAACUAUGCCAACAAAUGCCUUGUACUAUACGGCACUGCCGAUGUUAGAUUAUUUUGCAAAACCAUUGUCACUGUAACUUGUUGAAUUGCCACAGUUAGAAAUGUGAAUUCCAUCAUGUUUAUGUUGUCCACAAUUAUUUAUUUGCAGUUCCUGCAGUGUUUCAGAUGUAAUUAUUUUUUAGUUUGUUACGCAGCUGUUUUGUUUUUUAAAAUUCCACCUAUCAUUUUUUCUAUUUAUAAAUGUAAUUCGAUGGGCAGUAAAACAAAAAGUGUCUUAAACGUUUUAAAUGGAGAAAUGUGCUUUAAAGGUUGCCUAUAAAAAGUGCUGUAUGUUGAGCAACUCAUUUGCUACAAGCUUCACAAUUAAUGUUGUAUGCAAUUUUACUAUCAUGCAAAUAAGCUUAGGUAAAAUGACUAACCUAUAGAAGACCUUAGAAAGAAGAACAUAUGCAAUCUGUGUGAAAAUCGAUGUCUGCGAUGUGUCUUCCUUGGUUAACAAUCCAAUUCAAAAGGUUAUUCCUGUAUAAAUACUCUGUAUAAAAGUGUUUCUUUUUUUAUGAGUUUAUUCCAAUGAGAACACCAGUUAUUUUGUUACGACUGACUGUUUUAUAAGUGUUUCUCAGUUCCUUUCUGCAGAAAUGUUCUAACUAGGAGUGGUUAUUGAUUGUUAAUUACACAAUUAAACUGUUUGUAUUGUACCCAAGAUUUCUGGCAUUAACUUGACCAGACUUUUUGCCACCAGGGAUGUUUUCUCCUCUGGAAAUGAGAAGCUGGAAGAACGUGAAGAGUUUUGAAUAAUUACUGCAAAGAGAUGUUCAUUCCACUCACCGACUCACUGAGCUGCAGUUACUGAACAUGUGUUAUUUGUAAUAACUGUAAAUAUCACAUCUGAUGAAUCAUUGAUUGUUUAUUGUAAAUAUAUUUGAAGUUUGUGCAAGAGCUCACCGUACAAAAAUCAGCGUUCUGUCGUGCCUCUUUCAAACCGACUGUACCUGGGCUCUUCUUCACUUCUAUUGCUGAGUGUAUUUCAAGCACCUGUGAAAUUUGAAAUAAAGUGUGAGGUGUGAACACCUGUAAUAGCAAAGCCCACUGCAGGGAGGUAAGUUACACAACAGCACAGGUGUCCUGACCUCCCUGUGAACCCUGGGUGAGACUUGUGCACCUUUUAGGAAAUGAUUCUCACCCUGUGAUAUGUGCCAGCAGCUCUGCCGGCGUUCCCUUGAUGUUCUGCUCCUUUUUCAUGAAUAAAAAGCCAGAGUGUAA